ACCUCGGAGUCGCUGCUGCCACUUGUCACGUUUCCAUCUCACUUCUAUAAGAGUUGCGGGUACAAGUGCCUGCUUUUUGACUACAAUAAGUAAUCAAAUUUCCGUUCUUUUUCCAUGUCAUCUUCUCUGAGCACGAGACGUUUAAUCAUACUUGAUGCGGUUUAUUGUGCCAUUCGCGUGCGUCUCCGUCAUGAAAAUACACAGGAAGCACAGCGGAGUGAUGACCGGUCAACAAAGAGUGCUGAGGCAAUCAAGAAGCUCAUCGGACAAAAAAACCUCAAGCUCGAUGAGUAUGAGAGAGCGAUAUCAAAGGAGGUCGUCCAUCCAGACGAAAUUACUGUUCGUUUUCAAGACAUCGGGGGUCUGGAGCCAAUCGUAUCGUCUCUCCGCGAAACCAUAAUCUAUCCUUUAAUCCAUCCCACUCUCUUCACCUCAGCUUCUCCCCUCCUCGGAGCCCCAAAAGGUGUAUUACUCUACGGACCUCCGGGGUGUGGGAAGACUAUGCUCGCACGUGCGCUAGCCAAAGAAUCUGGUGCAACAUUCAUUAACGUUCCCGCAUCUACGCUCACAAAUAAGUGGUUCGGCGAGUCCAACAAGCUGGUCGCGGGUCUGUUCAGCCUCGCGCGGAAGGUUCAACCCGCAAUCAUAUUUGUCGACGAGAUUGACUCAUUUCUGAGGGAACGCCGUGGGGACGAUCAUGAGGUUAUGGGUAUGAUGAAGGCAGAAUUCAUGACUUCAUGGGAUGGUUUGACGUCAGGCUCUGACAGGAUACUAGUGCUCGGCGCGACGAACAGACCAGGUGACAUUGACCCUGCAAUUCUGCGGCGCAUGCCGAAGCGGUUCGCUGUAAAUCUUCCAGAUGCAGAACAGAGAUUCAAAAUUCUGUCCCUAAUGCUGAAGGACACGAAAUUGGAUCCACAUCUUUCCUUGCGUACCCUUGCUUCUCAGACAACAGGGUUCUCUGGUUCUGAUUUGCGCGAGUUAUGCCGCAAUGCUGCGAUGGUUCCAGUGAGGGAAUGUAUGCGCGCCAUGGAGCAUGACGAAGAAGCAUUGAUGAAGGUCGAGAGAGAGGGUUUCAACAUGCGUCCGCUCACCCUCGCCGAUUUCUAUGAAGCGGAGGGAUCGACACUCCAACCACCGGAUCCAGAUGAUGAACCCAUAUCAUUGCAAGCGUUCAUUGACACUCACCCAGAGCUGAGUCCACAGACAGAGAGUGAUCCUACAAGAACGGAUGCUCUGGUUGUCGAGGAAGUUUCUGAGUAUGACAGUGAUAAUGACUCACGAUUUCAGACGGACGAAUCGAUGACACUUGACGGCGACGAUCCAUCUACCUUGAAAGACGAGAGCAGUGACGAUUUAUAAUACCUAUCCCAUACGUCAUGCCUCAAUUUCUAUCGUCUGCAUCGAUCAUUGGGUAGCAUUGAUUAUUGUCAUAUAGACCUAGACAUAACUGAUCAUCUCUACUUUGAGAAAUUGAUACAAGAAGGCAAAAAAUAAGCCCUCUCAAAUCGGGUAUUGGGGGUCCACUUUCAUCAUAUAGGUCAUUGCCUCAGCACGGGAUAUAUCCUGCGUAAUCUCCUGAGGGACCGAGCCAUCAAGGAAAGUAAGGAGGUUUGGUAAGUUUGAGGUUCACAUGGCACUGAAAGUGCGGU